AUGGCUCGAAUCAAGCCGGGUCAAAUAUGUCUGUUAGGUGCUACCGGUCGCACCGGACGAGGUAUCCUGCAGAUUCUUCUUACGGAGAACUAUAGCGACUGGGCUUUGCAUAUCUAUGUCCGGUCACGAGCAAAACUUUUGUCGUUCUUCCCAGGCAUAGAAGCUUUUACAGGUGUGAAAAUCUUUGAAGGAUCGAUCACUGACGUUGAGCUUUGGAGACAAUGCUUUUCUGGGGCGGACAUCAUCAUUUCCGCUCUUGGCGAGAACGAAAAUAUCGCCGGGUUGCGGUUACUACAAGAUGCAGCGAACACCACGGUCUCCGCGCUGCAAGUAUUGAGUCAAGAGGAUAGUUCCAACUGGCGUCGGCCUCGCCUGAUCCUUCUUUCAUCGGAUACAUUGAAUCCUACAGUCGCUGCCGCCCGUCCACGACUGGUGCACUGGGUAGUUAGCAACGCCUUUUGUUAUGCGUACGACGAUCUUCGCAAAGCACAAGCUGUUUACGAAGCCCACCCGCAGCUGUUACGGCUGUGUCUUGUACAGCCUCCGGCCCUGGUUGAGGAGGGGUCAUCCGGGCAUAUUAUCGGUACAGAAAGGGGCUCUUUGGCUGUGUCUUAUGCAGAUCUGGCGGCGGGUUUCGUGGAAAUUGCGAUUUCUGAUGGAUACAGAAACUCUAGUGCUGUAAUUGUCUCUAGUGCUUCUAAGGAUCGACUUCGACAUGUACCGGAACUUACGCGAAGAAUUGUACGGGGGACUCUAGCUCGCUACAUUCCCUGGUAUCUUGCUGUUGAGGAGAAGAUGCUGGGAUCAGCCUACCUACUAGGAUACCCCUCCGAGAAGGUGAUCAAGAUGUACCAAAAUGACUCUUCCCAGCUCAAAAGCCUCAACGACAUACUCAUCCGCACAGGGGCCACAAAGGACAACUGGAGACAGUUCCUGGGCAAAAAGAAAUAUACAGCCGCAUACACCACUUUCUUUGAUCAAGAACUAGCCAAUGCCCAGAAUGGCUGGAAAAGUCUCGUAAACGAAUACCUCUUCAGCUCACCCCAACCCUUAAUCAACGGCUUCGUCGCAGUCGGCUAUGAAUUCUCCAACCCCCAAAUCGCAGCCGAAGCGCUCAGUCUCGGCUGCACAGGCCGAGACCCAAUCCACGUCUACCUCGACACCCAAUACCCAGGCACAUCAACCUACAAAACAACCUCCGCAAAGAAAAUCCUCCACCGCGUGCACACCGACACCUGCUUCUCCAACCUCUUCUCUAUCCCAGACUACGUCAACCUCUCAAUUACCUUCGCGCAGGCAGAGCACGCCCUCCUCGAACACUGGAAUGCGUGGGAUAUCGUCGACCCUGUAAAUCAGUUCAGAGAUGUGGUUGACGUUGAGGGACUGCUUCUCAUUGAGUCUCGGAAUGGGGACGGCGAGCUGGGGGUGUUGAGGCAGUUUUGGUUGUUCGUGCCUUAUGUUUAUGUUGCGCAGUUGAGGCCUGAGAUUGGGGAUGGGGGAGACGUGAGAGGGGUUGAGCUACGGGGACGGGAUUGGGGGUGGGUUUAUGAGAGAUGCUUGGACGGGGAGUUUGGGGAGGAUGUACACGUGGUUAAGGUUGUAAGGGCAUUUAGGAUGUUGGAGGAGUGGAAGAAUGAGAGGGAUGGGUGGUGCUUGAGGGCUGCGGUGAGCUUUGUGGAGGGGUUUCGAGGCUGGACUGGCUUUGGGGCUGGGGGUGGAGGGUAUUGA